AUUCUUUCCCUUUUCCUUUCUCUCUCUCAACGAAGCAACAAACGCCCCCUUUUUGUCCGAAACCCGCGCCUCAUCGUACCUUUCAUCAAAACUCCAGAAAAAAAAAUCCACAAACUCCUACCGUCAAAAUGGGUCACGAAGAUGCUGUUUACCUGGCCAAGCUCGCCGAGCAGGCUGAGCGAUAUGAGGAGAUGGUUGAGAACAUGAAGAUUGUCGCCUCCGAGGACCGCGACCUCACCGUCGAGGAGCGCAACCUGCUCUCCGUCGCCUACAAGAACGUCAUUGGCGCCCGCCGUGCCUCUUGGAGAAUAGUCACCUCUAUCGAGCAGAAGGAGGAGUCUAAGGGCAACUCUUCCCAGGUCGCCCUUAUCAAGGAGUACCGCCAGAAGAUCGAGGCCGAGCUCGCCAAGAUCUGCGACGACAUCCUCGAGGUCCUCGACCAGCACCUGAUUCCCUCUGCCAAGUCCGGAGAGUCCAAGGUCUUCUACCACAAGAUGAAGGGUGACUACCACCGUUACCUUGCCGAGUUCGCCAUUGGCGACCGCCGCAAGGACUCUGCCGACAAGUCCCUCGAGGCCUACAAGGCGGCCACCGAGGUUGCCCAGACCGAGCUGCCUCCCACCCACCCCAUCCGCCUGGGUCUCGCCCUCAACUUCUCCGUCUUCUACUACGAGAUCCUCAACGCCCCCGACCAGGCUUGCCACCUUGCCAAGCAGGCCUUUGACGAUGCCAUUGCCGAGCUCGACACCCUCAGCGAGGAGAGCUACAAGGACUCGACUCUCAUCAUGCAGCUCCUCCGCGACAACCUUACUCUCUGGACCUCUUCUGAGGCUGAGACCUCUGCCGGCCAAGCUGAGGCUCCCCCUAAGGAGGACACCCCUGCCGAGGCCGCUGCUCCUGCUGAGGAGCCCAAGGCUGAGUAAAGUCAGUCAGGGGAACGGGGGUAGAUCUAUAGGCUUUGGUCGCUUUGGUAUGGGAUGGGAUGGUGUCUACGGAGUGGAUGGAAGACUUCGUUUUUUGAUCAAGAGCUUCGGCAUCGUUUAGGUAAACACGCAAAUCACUUUCGGGGAGAGAACCAGUUUGGUUCCCCCCUUAUCAACGGAUCGGCAGGGAGGAUUGAAGAAGAGCAUAUUGAAGGUUCUGCUUUUAGACUCUUGAUGCGCACCGUCUGGACAAAAUAAAAACUACGAAAAUUGCUUUAUAAUAUAACUUUAUCUUACC